AUGCCACUUCCCGAGCUGUGUAACAACGGCGCCAUCCAAUAUAUGUCUCCCAGGCGACUAGCAGGCAUUGAGGAUCUGGUAUACAACACGCUCGAAGACAUACAGGGCACUGUUGUUCCUUAUUAUUACGGAAAGCAUAAGUGGACAAGGACAAUUAUCCUGGAAUAUAUCGAAGGAACCACGCUUGCCGAUAUCGGCGAGAAGUAUAAUCCCCAAGAUCCUCUGGAUAACGAGUCUUUGUCGCCAACAGUCUAUAGCGAUUGGUUGCAGAGAAUGAAAGAACUGUACGUUCCAAUUUUGAACGGGAUCAAAGAGAUCAAUGCGCGUCAAGUCUUGAUUCCUGAUACGAGACAGGAAAACAUCAUAAUUACCUCUACGGAGCCGAAACGAGCGGUAUUCAUCGAUUUCGGACAGGCCUUGCUAAGGGUGCCUCCCGAUAUUGUCACGCAACGUGGGAAUAACUUCUUCAUUAUCUCCCUGCUUACCAAUUGUUGUUCUGAGCAUCAAGAAGACAUUCGGAAGUGGGCUAAGGAGACAGACGUCAACUUACAGCAUCCAGUCUUUGUUGAUCCUGAAAUGCCCGACGUGACAUCCUCUUGACUGCUGAAUAUUGCUGAAUAUAAGAGCAAUAGUUGCAUGAUCAGAGUAUUGUGUCAAUAUUUCCCAAUCUUACAAAUGCUAUCACAGAAC